AUGUCAGAAGCUGCGACGAACUACGAUUCAAAUAACAGCGAUGCUGGCCCACCUCAGCAGGCUGUUGGUCUUCCAUCCAUAAAAGAUGUUACAACAACAUUGAAACAGCCAGAUCUACCCAUUGAUAUUCUUUUAGUAACUGUUAAGGACUGCGAGUUCUUAGCUUGUUACAAUGAGCUUAAAGAUCCCUUUAGAUGUCAUUUUGAUGAUCUCGGUUACGUUUACUUCGCGGACGUUGUCGGAAGUCAGCCAGGGCGAGUGAAAGUAGCACUAAUGAAGUGUCAUGAAGGUGCUAUCGGUCCGGGUGGCUCUCUCACUGCCGUUAGGAAUGCUGCCCCUAUUCUACAACCCAAGGCCGUGAUAUCUGUUGGGGCAUGCAGUGGUCUCAACCCUGACAAAACCAAGUUAGGAGAUGUCAUUGUAUCAGCCAAGCUAACAACAUAUGCAUCCAAAGUAGUGACAAGCGACCAAGAGCAGUGGGCUGGUAUUAGCAGUUACGUGAGCAAACGAUUUCUUAACAUCAUUAAGAAUUGCGCUGAUGGAUGGCAACCACCAUUGAAGAACCCAGAAGAUCGCCACAUCAACGUUCAUAACAAUGGCGAGUUCUUAAGUGGUCCAGAGCAGAUCAGAGCUGAAAGGCGCCGAAAAGAACUUGUCGACCACCAUCCCCUUGCAACAGGAGUGGAGAUGGAGGGAGAAGGUAAGUGUGUGUCACGUUAAACAACAGUGUUUGAAUUCUUACACAGGUACAAUGUAUUUCAAUUACUGCAUUGUUAAUGAUGUCACAUUUCAAGGCCUCAAGCCUACUCCAAAAGACCGCAAGGUAGCAUGGUUCGUUUUUUUUAUGAAAUUACCCGUGUUGCUUUGCGGUCUCUGUGGGAAGGCUUUUUGCUGUCUUUCAUUGGCCCAGUAAAGACGCGCGCGUACUGGGAGAGAAAAGGAGGGGAGGAGUCAUCUCCCCUUUUGCGUGUUCCUCUCAUCCGCUUUAUAAAAACUAGCCAGAAAAACUAAUCGGUACCUGUCACACGUACAGCUAGGCCGUUUUGAAAGAAUGAAGAAAAUUAAAAUAUUUAUUAUGAACACCUACAUAGCAAGUACUUUAAAGGAUGAGUUGUCCUGAUCAUUGGAUCAUAAUGUAAAAAUAUGUUUACACACUAGAAUGCUAAAAACUGAUAUACUGUAUACUUGACGUCAUUUUUGUGCAACAACGUACAUAUAAUCGCUAUAUUAAACGGAAACAUUUGUCUAUGGAGUCUGAGACUGAUCUAGGAUCGCUUGAAUAUGUCUGACGCAGACAGCUUUCGAUCGUGACACCGAACUUUACAACUGGGAACUAAAAUGAACUGUGUCACUUAUAACAAUAAAGUAAUUGAAUGAAAAAUGUUCAUAAUAAGAAAGUUGCAGUCUGUAAUCAAAAGAAAAGGCGUGAAAAUCAUUUCUCUUACUUGGCUGUCGAAGGGGUCUGGCAUCUCUUGAUUCUGCGUUUUUUUUACAUCCAGUUUGUUAUUAAAAAUAAUUUUUCGUUAAUGUUUUUAAACAUUAAAAUCGUCAAAAAUGUUAAUUGCAAAGUAAAGAAUUACAACUGCGUCCACGUGCCAUCAAUUAAUUUUUUUUAGUUUCUUUUUCCCGCAAAACUUAAUUAUCUAUAAGAGGUAAUUUACAGACAUUAAUAUAUCCUAAAUGUGUCUCAUAUUUCAGGUGUUUUAACAGCUGCAUAUGAUACUCAACUCGAGUGGCUCAUUGUUAAAGGGAUAGCUGAUUUUGCGGAUGGUGAGCAAGUGAAUGCAGAAAGCUGGGAAGCCCGUGCUAGUGCGAUGGCAGCAUCUCUUGUCUCACACAUGUUAAGUGAUCCUGGUGUUUUCCGCACUUGGCCUCAUUACCAAGGUAUAAAUUCUUGUUAGUCUAGUGGAUUAUGAAAAAGCGUUGGGUUUAACAGGCUGAAUUUGCUGGCUUCAGCAAAAGGACUGCGUGAAUGCUGCUAAUGAGACAGUGAAGAAUCUCAGAUCCUGAGAUCAAAAGGCACAUUCAUCAUUUUUCUUUAUCUUUAUUUUUAUCUUUAAUUAGUUAAUUGCCAAUGGCAUAGGGUAAUGGUGGCCAUGGGUGGCCAUAAUUAUGCGGUAGAUGAUGGCCUUUAACACAGGCAAAGACGGAGCGUUAAUAAAAGCAAACGGAAAACUGUUACACACACUCAGCUAUACAACGGGGAAAAAACGAGUACUUAGGCAUCAACAAAAACGGGUCAGAGGUUGUAUACCAUGUUAAGGGGAUUUCCUGUUAUAGGAGGUAUUAAAAAUCUCUAGGAUAUCCAAGCGGCGUUACCUCAUCAUUCAAGACAUUCAAGAUUCAGUCGCUCUGACCUCUUAGUCUACACAAAAACGUUGAUCGUCGGGGUACAUGUUUCUGGUCAGAAAUUGAGGGUCCUUUUCUUAGUUAUAAAUUGCAUCAUCACCAAUAAGUACGGCACAAAAUGCUAAUGAUGUCUUUGCCUGGAUCUUUCAGUGGAUGAUGAUCUCUUAGGGGCUCAAUUCGAAAGCAGUAGAAAGCGGAAGCUAGCUGAGCACCAUGCAGGUAAUAUGUGAACUGAACAUGUGUUUCUUUAUAACGCUGACUCAUUUUUCUUGUUCCGCUGUUUGCUUCACUUUCAUUUUAGAAUGCAUAAGGUAACCCGGUUUGGAAAAUUCGGGAACUCUUAAAUUUUUGCUGGUGGAAUCAGGAAUUCUGGGAUUUGGAAUCUGGAAUUCAACUCCAGGAAUCAGGAAUCCCGCUAUAGCAAUUGGAAUCCAGAAUCACAGUGUGCACUCCAGAAUCGAAGGCUCUCUUGGUUUACUUUACAGGGGGCGAAAUGAACAAAAAAUCAGUCGUGAGACACGUUUAGCGCCGCAAAUGUGUAACAAAGCUGACUUUAAGUGACUGACACUGUCAAACGCGAAGUUAUGACCGAACUACAAAGGAUUGAAAGCUACCAACAUGGCCCAGUGGUCUUGGGGUAGGCAUAUGCAUGAGGCCUUGAAAUACGACGAAGUUAAGUGAAAAACAUGUAUCUGAAGUGGCCCGCAUCUCAACCAACGAUUUUCUUCACCAGGUGCUUUGUGUGAUGAUCAGCGCUCAACACAAACGAAAAGAGGAAUG